AUGGCGACCCCUACGCUUAUCAACCCUUCGUUGACCGCCGCGAUAUGCUCGCUCGAACACAAAGCCUGGGCAGCUCUGUGUAGUUCUGGCGCCGACCUCGUCCCGCUUCUCUCGAGCAACCCAGUCAUGGUCUUUCCGGGUGACCUCAUCCUUACUUCGGUGUCCUCUCCAACAGUCCAUGCAAUGCUGCAAGGUCCCGAUUUCAAGCCCUGGAAGUCGUACCAACUCAGUCAUGACGAGGUGGUCAUAUUGGGCAAGGACAGCGCCUUGAUCUAUUAUCGCGUAGAAGCGUCAAGAGACAGCGAGACAUUUAGGGCUAUAUGUUCGAGUGCGUGGGUGCUGGAGGGGCCUACAGAUGGCGCGACAGGCGGCUGGAAGAUGGCCCAUCAUCAGCAGACACUGAUCUAG